UGCUGGUCUCAGUGUUAAAGGGACAGACCGUUAAUGUGUGUGUUCCAGGCUGUGUGUUCUCCCCUGGUCAGAUGUCCUGCUGGUCUCCGUGUUAAAGGGACAGACCGUUAAUGUGUGUGUUCCAGGCUGUGUGUUCUCCCCUGGUCAGAUGUCCUGCUGGUCUCCGUGUUAAAGGGACAGAACGUGACGGGGAUCCGCCCGGGAAAAGGGAAGAAGGAGCCGCUGACUGAAUCUGCUGCUGUUGUCCUGCUGAGAGCUGAAACAUUACAGAGACUCAACAGGUACAGGGAGUUGACCCGUUACCUGAAGGUGGUUCAUAGUGUGAACACAGAACUUGUCCAGGCGGUGCGGGAUCUGAUCCCUCUCUUCCUGAUGAAGGCUGGGGACUUUAGCUCCGCCCUCUCCUCCUUCUUCUCUCCGCCCCCUGGGGUCUGCUGCCCCGUCUGCCGCCUAACGCCUCGCCUCUUCACCCUCUACCUACGCAUCAUCACCACGGCAACCGCGCCCAGCGCCACCGCUGCCAUUGCAACGCAGCCCCUCUCCCCCGACACUCCCUGGGAGGAGGUCAAAGGUGCUGUGGUUCCCAGGCAGGUCGAGGUGGUGAAGUUUGGCCUGAGGGUUCUGAAGAGCAACAUGGCUGUCUACAAGGACUCUCAGAGUUGGGCAUACUUUCUCCACGUGCUCAAUUCUCCUGCUGGUCCUCCUGACCCUGCCUUUCUGACGGAGGCGAGAAACGUUACCAUGGAGAUCCUGCUGAACCAGGGAUCUCUGGGACACCUCAUCCAGAUCCCACGGACCUUCCUGAUGGUGUAUCCAGACCAGGCCCUGUUGCUAUUGAUAACUCAGGCUCUGGCGCUACGGAUCCUCCACGAACCUUUGACCCCCGCUCUACCCGUCCUCAACUAUUACAAGGGUCAUGUGUGGGCCUUGAGGUGGCUUGUUGGGCUGCUGUCUUCGUCUCCUGGAACACUGGAAUCCUUCCUCAGAGGGGUAGCAGUGGAGCUGCACAACACUGAUGGAUCCCAGCUGUCGCCCUCCUCCUUCCCUUCUUCCUCCCUCAAAGACCAGCCCGACCCCUUCUUCUACUACCUCACAGACUUAAUCAGAGAGACUCUAUCUGUAAUCCCGGACUGCAGCAGACUGGACCUGGAUCAGACUGGAGUGUGACUCAGACUGUGUGUGUGUGUGUGUGUGUGUGUGUGUGUGUGUGUGUGUGUGUGUGUGUGUGUGUGUGUGUGUGUGUGUGUGUGUGUGUGUGUGUGUGUGUGUGUGUGUGUGUGUGUGCGCGUGACAACAUCUCUGAACACGUGGAAGCAACGAAGAAGAGGACAAUGAUAAUAAUGUGUUUAUCAGACUGUUAAUAAGACCGUUUGUGCCUUUUUUUCUACAAAUAAACAGAUUAUUUUAUUUAUCCGUAUCACCGGAGUAAGUCUAUGCGGUGUAAAACGUGUGAGAGUAUAAAUAGUGUGUUUUGGCUGUUGUAAAAAAAAAAAAAAAAAAAAAAAGCUCUUCAUUAUUUACUGAACACUUUAAUAAUAAACAGAAAAAUAACAUUUCA